UUAUUUAAAAUCAGAAUCAGAAUUUAAUUUACUGCCAUGGUCAGUGGGAGCCCACCAACUAGGAACGUGUUUUGGAAUAAAAUAAAAUAAAAUAAGGCUGUCUGAUAUAAAUUUUAUGGCACGGAAUAAUGUGGGCGUCGAGCCUUUUCAUUCUUCUUCGUCGAUCUUUAUCUCUUUCUCUUGUGUGAAAUAUGGUCAUCACGCCCCCUGGCGACACCUGCAGGUAAAUUGAUGACGUGGUUGGUCCGCUGGCCGUCAGAGCAGCAGGAUGGCCGACCAGAGCAGACAAAUCAAACUCGCCGCAGCCAAGAAAAAGCUGAAGGAGUUCCAGCAGAAGAGCUCUCCUGUGAGUGUCGGAGGAGAGAGAGGCGGAGGUGUAGCCGGUGCUAAAAAGAAGAAGAAGAUGAAAGGCCAAAAUGAAUCACCGUUUAUGGACAGAAGCUCACCGGACAACUUUGACACAUUUCUCAAAGUCCUUGGCCAAAGCAAUGGAGUGGACGUCCCUCCAUAUGGCAACAGCCAGAGCUUUGCUGAUGUGGAUAACACUGGCUGUUCAGUUCCCCAGCAACUGGAGGACCCACAGUGGGAACUAGAUCGCAGCUCACCUGUUUCUAACUCCAUUAAUACUGCUACUAACUCUGAGUCACACAGUCUCAGCACUGACCUGCAGGAUUACCCAGACACGAAUGGCACUGAGAGUGUAGCUGAGGAAACAAGACCACUGUCUGCUACUGAAAGCCUUCGUCAACUUUCCCAGCAACUGAAUGGCCUCGUUUCCGAGAGCUCGACUGCAUACGUAAACGGGGACAGUGCGACGACCAUCAGUGAAAAGGAAUUGGAGAGUCGGAACCAGGAGCUGGCAGCCGCCCUGGAGUCCAGCACCGUAACAAACUCUCAGCUCAAUACCAAGCUUGACCAGCUGACAAAACAUUCCCAGGAGCUCUCAGAUCAACUGCAGAAGGAGCGAAAAGAAUUUGAGCAAAGAUUCUCAAAAGAGCAGGGAGCCAUGCGGGAGCAACUACAGGUUCACAUACAAACAAUUGGAAUUUUGGUGUCUGAGAAGUCAGAGCUCCAAACAGCACUACAGUACACACAACAGGCUGCUCGGCAGAAAACUGCUGAGUCAGAGGAGCUGAAUAAUCGUCUACAGGGGACAAAACAGAGAGUGUCGGAGCUUGAGAGAACCCUGUCUUCUGUGUCAACACAACAGAAACAAUUUGAGAAGCACAACAAAGAGCUUGAAAAGGAGCGUGACAACUUGAGGGUUGAAUUGUUCAAACUCAAUAACAUGAGCGAAGAAUCGAAGCAGCAGAGUUCAGAAUUGUCAGAGAAGUUGAAACUGAGCAUCCAAGAGAAUGGCGCCAUGAGAAUGGAACUAGAAGAUCUACGCAAGAGACUUGAGAUGGCCGACCUGAUGCUGCAACAGUACUCCAACCAGUCGGAUCCAACCAGUGCCAACCAACAGAUCCAGUUACUGCUAGAAGAGAAACAGACAGUGGAGGCACAAAAUCACCAGCUGAUGGAAUCGAUUGCUCAGCUCAGGACGGAGAGGGAUCACUAUGCGGAGCAGAUUCAGGAGGAGGGACAUGCCUGGAAGGAUAAGACAGAACAACUACUAACACAAGUGUCUUUGGUCGCUGAGGAGCGAGACCGAAACAUAAACAAAGUCCAAGAAUUGGAGGUUACCAUUGCGGAGCUGCAAAAUGCUGCUGCACUUCUAUCCCAGGUCAGUGAGACUCCGGUUGUGGAGCCCCAACCUUCAGGGCCAUCAGAGAAUGAAGUAGCACUGCAAGAGUCCCUUGAUGCCCUACAACAGGAAAAAGAUGCGCUUUAUCUGCAGUAUCAGUCACAGCUCAGGGACAACGAGCAGCUGAGUCGAAUGUGUGCAGAGCAGGAGGCUCGCCUGGGCGAGAUGGAGCAACAGGUAGAGAGCCAGACCAUGGAAGCUGACGACCGACGUCGGAUGCUGGAGGAUGUUCAAUCUGAUAAGGCCACGAUUAGCCGGGCUCUCACCCAGAAUCGUACUCUGAAGGACCAACUGGCUGAGCUGCAGAAUGGUUUUGUGAAGCUGACUAAUGAAAACAUGGAGCUGACCACUGCGAUUCAGUCGGAGCAGCAUGUGAAGAAAGAGCUGGCACGCAGGAUGGGAGAGCUUCAGGAGCAACUGCACGACACUAAAGAAGAACUGGAAUUAAAAAGUAAAGAGAUGGCUGGUUUGGUGGAGCAGAGGGACCAGGUAGUCGCCCACCUCCAACAGUACUGCGCUGGCUACCAGGCUCUGGCCACUGAGAGGGAGAAACUGCACCAGCAGUAUUACCAGCAGGCUCAGCUGAUGGACCGGCUCCAGCACGAUGAGUCGCAGGGACGUGUGCAGCUGGAGCUCAGUCACAACCAGCUCAAACAGGCACAGGAACGCUUGGAGCAGUUGGUCAAAGACAACGAUCAUUUGAGGACAGAGGUGAAAGAACUUCUCAACAGCUCCAUUCUCAACACGUCAACCCGGGAUCAGGGAGACGGAGUGGAGAGCCAAUCACUGCCAGAGAGUCCGAAGGAGUCUUCUUCCCUGGUGAUUCCUGAUGACUUUGAGAGCCACAAAGAGAUGGAGGAGUUUAUUCGCGGAGCCGUGUCCCAGUUAGAAGCUGAGAGGGACGAAGUCAGGAGGCAACUACAGGAGGAACAGCGCCUCCACAUGGCUGCAAAGCACCAGGCUGCUCUUGCUCUCAGCCUUGAGCACCAACAUGACAGUCAGAGUACUGCUCAGGAACACAAUCACGAUCACUCUCAGGGCCAACACAGUCACUGCGAUCACAGUCAUGAGCAUUCAGAAGGAGUCCCUGCAGAGGUUCAUCAGGCUCUUCAAAGUGCCAUGGAGAAGCUGCAGCAGAGAUUCACAUCCCUCAUGCAGGAGAAAGUGGACCUGAAGGAACGAGUGGAGGAGCUGGAGCAUCGCUGCAUACAGCUGUCUGGAGAGACCGACACUAUCGGCGAGUACAUCGCCCUGUACCAGAACCAGCGGGCCAUCAUGAAGCAGAAGCAUCAGGAGAAGGAGCAGUACAUCAGCAUGCUGGCUCAGGACAAAGAGGAAAUGAAGGUGAAACUGGCUGAGCUGCAGGAUCUGGUGAUGAGGCUGGUGGCGGAGAGGAACGACUGGUACUCCAGAUACUCUGCUGCUGUGUCGGGUGUUGGCCCGGUCAACCCUGACCUGCUUCCUGCCCAGGAGGGUCUCACAGAGCAAAGAGUCCACACGCACCCUGAGAUCACUGCCAACAGUGAAGCAGAAGCCAUGGACGUCAUUCCUCUGACCGAACCCGCCAUGAGCUUGGAGCCGUCCUCGUCCUCCCAGACUCCAGCAGUCGCAUCGGUCCAAACUGACUCAAAGCCAGUCGUGCCCAGCGAGGACGGCACAGCCCGCCAGAUAAUGCAGCUGCUGCAGGAGAUCCGGAAUCCACAUCCUCUCAGAACGCCGCCCUUCCUGGGAGAAAACCCCUGCAUCCCGUUCUUCUACCGACCCGACGAGCAGGACGAGGUCAAGAUCCUGGUGGUGUGAGCGAGACCAGCAUGUGUGUUGGAGUGUGUGCGCGUGAGGAGCAUGCAGUUGUUAGCAGCUCAGUCAAUAUUUCUUUUUGUUUAUGAAGCUCUUUUAUAAACAAAGCGUCUGACUUCCAUUUGAACUCCAAACUGUCUUCAGCCAGCUGUGCAGGGACAGCUGCAUCGUGUUUCAGAGAACGUGCUCUCAAGCUUUACAACAUUUUGGGUCAAACCCCUUCUUUAAUCCUAAGUUUUAGUGAGCUUCUUCACAUUCAGGAGGGUCAGCCGUCACACACACACACGCACCUUUGUUUCACGCUCCAUUAAGGUCACAAAAGUGCAAUAACGGGUCGGAAAUGUCGCCCCCACUCGUACCUGCUUGAACGUGAGCAACUGGCUACUGUGCUACCUUGUGUUGCUCGCUCAAAAAGUAACAUUGAAGGCUGAACAUCAGUGCAAUAGGACGGCGCCUCUGCAUGAGCUUAUCUGAGUCUCAUGUCAAAGACGGUCACGUUUCGUUCUCAGAUGUUGCAAGCGCUUGUGAUUUGAGGCAUGAACAUGUUUCUUUUGUUACAUUUUACUUGAAAGAAGAAUCCAUGCACAUCCUGGCAAACUGGACUGUUGAGUAAAGUGUCAUAGAAGUGCAGCGUUGGCAUCGUGUGAUUGCACUAUAACAGGUCCGAUGACGCCAAAGCUGAGGGAUCUGAUGUGAACGUUAGAGGAAGGACUUGUUCGUAAGCUUGGAAGGAAGUUAAAUUAUUUUCCACUCUAGCACUAUGAUUGGGACCAACCUCGGAUCUAAAAUGAGCAAAUGAAAAAGAGGAGAAAAUAUCAAAAAGUAUUUUUUUCUCUCCCAUCUUGACUUUUCCCAGGAAAACUGCAGUGUUUUAGUUCCAUUUUAAGCAAGAACUUAAAAGUGAGUCAAGCAUUCCACAUUUUCACUCAAGAGUGAGUGAAAACCUGUGGUGGCACUGUGAGGGAACAUUGAGAACAGCAAAAUAUAUGGAAGGAGUUCCGUAAACACCCAUUUGAAUUAAUGGUAGCACAGUGCUGCUUUCAGUUUUUUUUUCAUUUCCGUCACACUGCAAAUUCAAAUUCCUGUUCUACACCUGCCAUCUCAUCGUUCAUCAUUAGGUGUCUAGAAAGACGCAAGGUCUGGGUUCAUUGUUAAAUAUGUGAAAACGAAAAGCAUUUAUUGUACCAGGUGGUGUGUAUAUACUGUAACUGUGUAUUAUACUGUAUAAUAAUGAUGACUGGUGUGUGCGUGUGGAAGUGCGGAGGGUGUAUACAUUUGGAACGUGGGUGGUUAUACGGAUGGGCGGCUAAUCCAGACUACAGAAGAGAAGUUAUUCUAUUUAAGUUUGAAUGAGAUUUUAAAGUAGAAGAGACUGACGGGUCGACGUGAAGGAAAAUUUUGGGGAUUCUGCUUUACGAUUCUUUUCUGAUCCUUGAUUUAUUUUUCCUCCUGAAUAAAACUGGUUGAGCAACUUGA